UCCGCUCGCGGUGUGAGCCCGCUCUCCCUGAGGCAGGGACCAUACCCGCUGGGUCAAAAGCGCCUUAUGUAGGCCGCAUCACGUCGUUCACUGUGGAAUUGGGAAAGUGGCAGGCGAAGAUCAUCUUAACACAGAGAGAGUUUACCAUAGAAGCCUGGCACUGACAAAAUUUGUAGCCUGAAGUUAAUUAGAGAUAAAGGAUUCUGAGACUGAAUGAGAAUUACUUUACUCAUGAAAUUUGUUGAACUUCACAAGUGAAACCCGUUGUUGUAGUGCACGGGUGAGCCAGUUAACACGUGGAGUCACCCCAAGCGACUUCCACUUCGCUGGUAAACUCCUGAUCUGAGCUUAGCUUCAGGUUUAAAACUUCCCGAGACGUGGGACCUGUUUUAAACGAUCAUUAUUUUCCACUGAUGUAACAUGGCCACCAGUAUAGUGAAAAGACUGCAAUCUCUCAAGAAGUUAGCCUUUCAGCUGAAGGAAACUUGUCCAGCAGAAGCACGCUACCUUUUAUGGACAUGCCAGGUGAUAACAGGUACGAAGGUUAAUCCAGAAGCAGUGUGUAGCCAUUGCUUUGAGUGCCUUCUCCCUGGGAACCAUAGAGUGCGACUGAAACCCAAAAGAAGGAUUACUGUGCAAAUAAAAAAGCUACUGCGACGUGAAGCAGCCAAUUGGAAACUUAACCUCAAACAAGUGCGACAACUGCAGAAAUACAGAAACUCUAGGAGCACUUUGCUGGUUACAUGCUACACAUGUAAAGAAACUUCCAAAUUCUAUGGAGCAAAUCGGAUGUGUCUUCCUGCCAGGCCUCGCAUCCCUAGAAGCUUAAGUAAAACAAAAACAGACAUGAAGACACUUGAAGCAAGAGCACCUCAGUCCAUGCAGCAAGAAACCCGUUAUUCCCCGCUUACAAAUAAGUCAAGUUCUAAAAGCAAGUGCCCAGCUACAACUUCACGAACAUCGGUUUCUACACCGUCCACGUCAUCGGCCUCAUUGAAAUCAGUUAAAGGGAAGAAGCUGCACUGCUCUCGUCUAAAGAUGCUUUUGAAUUGUGAGCAGAAACAGCAGAACAAUAAAGGGACUCUUCGCGAUUUCCUGACUUCAGUGUAAACUGCAAUUUGUGUUUGUACCUCCUUUGUAACAUUUAAUCUUUGUGUCCACAAACGUCAGAGCAAGAAAAAAAUGCGGAAAAAUUAAUUGCCUGUCAAUUUGCGUAAUCGGUUGGGUGUACAACUGUACACUGUUAUAUAGCUUUAUGCAAAUUUAAUUUUGCAAUAUUGCCGUAAGUUUCUCUUUGCUUGUAAAUAAAUUGUCAGAAAUGUUAUAAUAAAAAGCACGUUGCAGCUCUGACAGGCAACAAUGCUUCUGCAAUACUGAAGAUUAAACAGAAGCAUGUAUGCAGCAUGGUUGGUAAGCUAAGCUGCCAUCUGUUUUUCUCUGAAACAUACUGCUACCCCCAGAAGGAUACGCAUCCAUGAGACUUCUCGAUAUUGAAGUUCAAAUGGGAUUAGCUGCAGGUCGUGAACAAAUAGUUGUCAUAAAUCUUUUUACUGUUAACUGUAACCGCGGGUCAGCUUUCUUACUGCUAAAAUUCCUUGGAAAGGAAUGAUGACUUUUACAAACUUAACAUUUUAGGCUUCUGUAAUUGUGUAUAGUGUUUGUGGACUUAGGCUUUUUGCUGGUUGCCCCUGAAAAGGUCUCAGGCAGAGUUUGUGCUUGUAGCUUGGAGAGAUUGGACUGUCUGCCAAGUCAGUGAUAUUGAACUGGCGUUAUGCUGCAAGGGGUCAGAACAGAUAGACCAGGGAAAUAAAUUCCUGUUUGUAGAAAAAUAGGAAACUUGCUAAUUAAUAGGUAUUGUGUAAUUAUAUUGAUACUGUCUCCAAGGUUAUAUGUAUACAUUAAUGGAAUACUUAAGCAGGCAUCUUGGAAGAUGUAAUUUAUUAAAAUAUUGUUGUUUCUGUUUAAACAAAACUUUCUAUCAAAGCAAAAAAUGGUCCUGCUAGAAAAUGAAAUAGUUUUAGUCCAGUAACUAGGCCAGAUACAUUGCAAGUUUAUUCAUUCCCCAUUUUACUGUGUCAGUGAGAUCUUUCCAUUUCUUGCAACAGCUGAAGUGAGUUUGUUAUUGUCGGUAAUGAUUCGUGUGAGACUGUAACAUUGACAAUCAACUUUCCACCAAUCCACAUGGCUCUGCAACAACCUGGGACAUCCUAUGGAAACUAAACAGCAGUCAGUUCCUUCAAGUUGGCACACCUGAAUGGCCGCGUUAAGGAAACAUUAUAGGGCUCAUACAUGUGUACUCAGCAGCAAAAAAAAUCACUGAUUACAAUAAUGGUAAUUUUGCCUAAUUACAUUAAUAAUGGCUUGAGAGCUCUGGGCUGUUUCAUUCAUCUGUGCUAAUUUUGAGCCUAGAUUACAGAACUGAAAAUGCAAUGUGCUCCCUAAUUAUUUGUAAAGCUCUUGGAAGUGUCAGAGAUUGGGUGAUAUAUUUACAAAGGUACAAUCUCUUUUGCCUAAUUUGGCUUGGAAAACUGUUAUAACAUUCAAGAAAAACAGAUUUUGCCUGUUUUUAUUUUGGUCAAUAUAUCUUGCUGAACAGUAUUAUAGAUUGGAUGCUAUGAUAUCUUUAAGGUGUGAAAUUGUUUUUGUACAUUGCACCGUCAGAUUCACAUUUUGUGCAGCAAGGGUCAAUUGUAUCCAUGGAAAAGAUGACCAAAUACGUCCGUAAUGUACAAAUAUAUAAUGUCUCAAUAAACAAUGAAGAUGUUGCUCCUUUUUAUACAGUAGUGAGAAAGAGUUUAUGUUAUUAGCAAUGCUGUCUUUUCGAUUGGACUUCAAACUAUAAUUUAUCUGUUAAAUGGAAGUAGAUUUAGUUGUAACUUUAAAAAAUAAAUUGCAUGUAAAGGCAAGGUGGUUGGUGGGAGGGAGAUAUUUGUAGAACUAUGAUAAAAGGGUAGGUAAUUUGGACUACUCAAGCCAUUUCAAAGAUUAGUACAAAAGCAUAAUGGAAUAAAAGGUCAUUUCUUUAUGAAAAGAUGGGAGUAGGAAUGAUUUGAACAGAGUUCUGCCAUUAUCUUUUGAACUCUGUUCUCUGACACAUCACCUCACACAUUAACUAAACAUAGCUCUAGUUUACCCAUCAGGAGAUCUGGCUGUGUGCUGUAUGGGCUGCCAUGUCAUUUCAUCAAAUAAGAAUUCCAGGUCAUCAUAAAAAGAAUAGGCCAUUCAGCCCUUUGAGCCUGCUCAACCAUGGUCUUGCUGUGAUUUCAACUCCUUUCCUCUCUGUGCACCCAUAAUUCUUGGAGUGGACUUGGAGGACCAAAGGCUCUGCUCCUGUGCUGUGUUGUGCUUUCUUCUUUUUUCUUAACUCUUGAUCUUAUCAAACUGGAUCUACCUCUGCCUUGAAUAAAUGCAAUGAUACAAUCUCCAUUGCUUUCUUAGGAAUACAAUUCCACAUGCUAACAGUACUGAGAAAAGAAAAUGGCUCCAUCUUAAAAGGGAGACGAUUAAUCUUAAACUGUCCAAAUUCUUUCUUCUUAAAUUAAGCCCUUCAUCCCAGGAAUGAGUCAAGUGAACCUUCUCGAUACUGCUUCAAGUGUAGCUUUUUUUUAUAUAAAUAAGGAAACCAAAUGUAUUUUUCAGUGAUCUUCGUUGAGGGAUGCAUGUUCACCAGGACACUUGAAGAAUUCUUAGUUAUCUUCAACAUCUAGCAUAGAAGGUGAUGUGUGCACUGGAGAGAACACAUGAAUCUUGGUUUAAUAUUUCUUCUUAAAAGCAGCAACUCUGCCAGCACAGCAUUCCUUCAUUACUGUGUUUGAUUGUGCUCAGGUCCUGAAAUGAAGAUUGAACUAGCAAACUACUGAAGGAGAAGCAAGAUGGCUAGUUCUGAGCGAAGCUAAUAUUUGCAAUAGAAUUUAACAAAAUAAAACAAAAGUGAAGUAGAACUGAAAUAGAAUCAGUGAAAGGGGAAAGGUCAAGAUGGAGGCUAGCCUCUAAGGAUUUUGAGAAGCGCUCAAAUGUUUUGUUGUGAAUAAACUCUGAUUUUAUUUAUUUUAGUAAUGCUGCCAACUGGGCAAUGGGUAGAAAAGAAACCUUUCGGAAGAUGGAAAGACUGAUAGGACAGGAAAUGGGGAGAGGAAAAUCCAGUUGCAGGAGGAGCCUUCUGAGAUUGAUGGAAGGGCCUGAGAGUUUUGGAGCUUAGAAAGUUCACGUUAUGAAGCAGCACUCUGCGAACUUGGUUCACACCACCAUCCUCUGGUAUCACACAUAAGAAUGUAAUUUGGAAUAUUCAGCUUUCUUUUGCCUCCCAACUCAAGUUUGUGAAGAAACGACGCAAAUUCUGCAAAUCUUUUGCAGUAGACAUCGUGCUCAAUCAUGCAGCUGCUAAUUUUUGAGGUGAGGCAGUAAUACCAGCGAGUGAGCUGUGGUUGAAACGCAGAAACCCACUUCAGUUGCAUUAGCCGUGUCUGAAAGGCUUUUAACAUAGUUUCUUCACAAAUUUUUAAAAAGAUGAAAAUUAAGGAAGUGCAGGUCGUGAAUUUUAUGUGGAAUCUGCACCUCAGCCCAAGAUUUGUGCAAGUACAAGUGAAUAAAUAAACAAAAGAGUAAGGUAAUCUGUCUUCUACCCAUGGCACUAUAGCAAAGGAUUGGAAUGGUUUAUCUCAAGCAUUUCUAAAGCUAUUAUGGCACUUUUAUUUGUAGACAAUAUUUUUCUGUUAAUAGAUUGAGACACUCUCUGUACUUAUUUGAGCAGAAUUAAAUAAGAUAUGCUAGUGGAAACACCUAAAUGUUGAUUUUUCCAUAGAUGAAGGCAAAAAUGGAAGACAGUGAUUGGUUAAAAUAGUUAAUCUGUUUGCACUAGAGGACAUUUUGAAGAUGGCUGUAUCUCAAUGGUCUAUUCAGAAUUUUUAUUGGAUCUUCAAAGAUACAUUUCCAUCUUUUUGAAGUAAAAUCUAACUAGUCAGUAUUAAUCUAAGGUUUUCAGCUUCAAGCUCCAUAUUAUUUAUUCCAGUAUAUGCAUGUUAAGACUCCAUGGAGUAUUUGUCAUGUCAAAAGUUUCCAUUCGGGGGUUUAAUUCAAAUUUAUUGGAAAGUUAUUUUAAAGUCUUAACACAGAUUUAACAGUUUAUGCAUUAAGUGAAUCAAUAAUUAUGAUUUUCUUGU